CUAAAGUAACGACACCCCACCUCUAAAUUCAUUCGGUUUGUGCACAUUUUGUUUGAAAGACGCUUAAUUUUAUAUUAGAUGUUGUGAUGUUUUAAGAGCCGCCAUUUUCCGCAGAGAUGUCGACCUAUUUUGGAGUCAAUAUCCCGCCCUUGAAAUCGGGCUGUUUUGAGGGAUCUGCGGGCCUGUGUGUCGGGUCCAUAGCGGCGGUGAACAUAAAGCCACCACAUCAUCCGGCUGGAUCUCCAUCCGGAUCGGCAUUAACCUACAAAUCGACGGGACCUACAGCUGAAGGUAGUGCCGUUAAGUACGAGGAUCCCGACUAUCCACCGGACUCGCCACUGUGGCUGAUCUUUACUGAAAAAUCCAAGGCGCUGGACGUCCUGCGGCAUUACAAGGAGGCCCGCCUCCGCGAGUUUCCCAACCUGGAGCAGGCGGAGAGCUACGUGCAGUUUGGGUUCGAGAGCAUCGAGGCGCUUAAGAGAUUCGGCAAGGCCAAGACAGAAAGCAAUGUACAUUUUUCAGAGCCCAUUCCGCUAAGCGGCGGCGGUUACAAGAGCUCACCGGGCUCCACCGACAGUUCGUACUCCUCUUCGCCCACAGGCAGUGGCAGUGGUUUUAUCAGUCCCCUAGGGAACAGUCCCUCAAUGUCCAGUUUACUGCUCAGCAGCUCGCCCACUUCAUCGACGAGCAGCACCAGCAAUAUCAUUGCCAAUGGCCGCCAGCAGUUGCAGUUGCAGCAUCAGCAGCCGCAGCAGGAUUUGUCAGGAGAACGUCCACCGUUCCGGGCGCCCACCAAACAGGAACUGCAAGAGUUCCGCAAGCAAAUCGAAGGUGGCCACAUCGAUCGUGUCAAGAGGAUUGUGUGGGAGAACCCACGAUUUCUGAUUAGCAGUGGCGAUACGCCGACGAGUUUGAAGGAGGGCUGUCGCUAUAAUGCCAUGCACAUAUGCGCCCAGGUGAACAAGGCCAGGAUCGCCCAGUUGCUGCUGAAGACCAUUUCGGAUCGGGAGUUCACGCAGUUGUAUGUUGGCAAGAAGGGCAGCGGCGAUAUGUGCGCCGCCCUCAACAAGAGUUUGCUAGACUACUAUCUGAAUAUGCCGGAUAAGGCGCGUGGCGAGACGCCGCUCCACUUUGCCUCAAAGAACGGUCAUGUGUCCAUGGUCGAGGUGCUCAUUUCCUAUCCGGAGUGCAAGUCGCUGACGAAUCACGAGGGCAAGGAGCCCAGGGAGAUUAUUUGUCUACGUAAUGCGCAGGCCACAAACGUGACCAUCAGAAAACUGGAGCUCCUCCUGCACGAUCCGUACUUUGUGCCAGUGCUGAGAUCCAAGUCCAAUACAAUGCCCCCGCAAGUGGGUCAACCGUUCUCGCCCAGAGAGCCGCCGAACCUGCAACACAAGACGGACGAGUGUGAGGGCCUCAGUGUGGACUUGACCAUCAGCGCUCUGGCUGGACCCAUGUCCCGGGAGAAGGCCAUAAACUUCCAUCGCCGGUGGAAGACACCGCCGCGGGUGAACAGUAAUGCAAUGUCACCGAUGGCCAGCUCGCCAUUUAGUUCGCCGGUUAAGGUGACGCCGAACAAGUCGAUCUUUAACCGCAGUGUUGGAAACACCAGUCCUGUCCACACGGGUCGCAGGGUGCUAUUCAGCCCCAUGGCGGCGGUGACCAGUUCACCAAAACGAUUGCCCAAUGGCAAUAAUGAGUGUGAGAACAACAACAACAAUAUCAAGCCCGUGUAUCCCUUGGAAUUACCGGAAACACCCAUACGCCAUUUGAAACCGGCUUUAUUUAUGGCCUAUCGCAACAACAACAGUUUCGAUUCGCCCUCGAUGGCCGACAACUCCCUGCUGCUGGAUACGAGCUUGAGCCGCAGCCUGAACACGUCGCUGAAUGACAGCUUUCGGGAGCGCGACAUUAAGAACUCGGACAUCGAGAAGGGACUGGAGGUGGUGGGCCGUCAGCUGGCGCGCCAGGAGCAGGUUGAGUGGCGCGAGCACUGGGACUUCCUCGACACCUUCAUGGAUUUCAGUACGCACGAUGGCCUGGCCCGUCUGGACGCCUAUCUGCGAGAAAGGGCCGAGCGACAGGCGGAGAAGUCGGAAACGAUCUGGAACUUUGCCCAUUUGCAUCAGUAUUUCGAUUUAAUGGCUGAUGAUCAGCAGCAACAGCAGCUCCGUAAAGACAGAGACGCGGCGGCUGGAGCAACUUCGUCAUCUGCCGGGGUCAUGACCCCGUACACCUGCGUGGAGAAAUCUCUUCAAGUGUUCGCCAAGCGCAUCACCAAAACACUUAUCAACAAAAUCGGCAACAUGGUUUCCAUUAACGAUACGCUGCUAUGCGAGCUGAAAAGACUGAAAUCGCUGAUUGUCAGCUUUAAGGAUGAUGCCCGCUUCAUUAGUGUAGACUUUAGCAAGGUCCAUUCGCGCAUUGCCCACCUGGUGGCUAGCUAUGUAACCCAUUCGCAGGAGGUGAGUGUGGCCAUGCGCCUCCAGCUGCUGCAGAUGCUUCGGACAUUGCGCCAAGUGCUGGCCGACGAGCGUGGCAGGGAGCAAUAUUUGGGCUGUGUGUGCGGCAGCCUUCUGCUUAUGCUGGAGCAGGCGCCGACAACCGCCGUUCAUCUGCCGGACACUCUGAAGACCGAGGAGCUGUGCUCCGCCGCCUGGGAGACGGAGCAGUGCUGCGCCUGCCUUUGGGACGCGAGUCUCAGUCGCAAGACCAGUCGGCGCAAGCGCACCAAGUCCCUGCGCGCAGACGCCUCUAUCCAGCCUGUGUCGCAUGGACAGCUGCCCGAUGCAGCGGGUUCCACCGCUCUGCACGUCUCGCUGAGCCUGGGAGCGCACAGAGUAGCUGUCGUGGCGCCUGUUUCGAAAACCGCUUGGCGCGGGCAGCAAAGUGACGACGAGGACGACGACAGCGACGAAGAUGUGUGCUUUUUUGACUGCACUGAGGUUACUCCGCCGUAUGGCAGCAGCAGCGAGGACGAGGAGCACUUCCGUACGCCGCCAGAAAGCUUGUCGCCACGCAUGUCCGUGGAUCUGGAGCCGCAGUACCAGCUGUUUAUAUGUGGAGACAAGCCAACAAAGCGGGAUGUGGAUGUUCUGAAUGCCAUUUCCAGUGUGGACGUGGAUAAGGAGACGCUGCCGCAUGUCCACGCGUGGAAGACUGCUAUGGAGAGCUUCUCCGAUGCUGAAAUGAAUCUCUUCCCGUCGCCGAAGAACGUUAAAGUGCAAAAAUCGGAAUCCAACAGCCAGCCUCCGUUGCAUCCCAAGCGGCUCCUUGCCACCCCCAAGCUGUGUGCCGUGGCCGCCGGAAGGCGUGGCUCCGGACCAUUAACGCCGCCAGUUCCGCCGCGCCUGCCGCGCACUCCGUCCGCCGCAAGUAUUCAAGUUGCAGCCAGCAUGAAUGGCGAAACGGUAGCCGCCCCUGCUGCUUCAUCGCCGCUUUGGGCUUUUUCGGCAUUGUCGGCUGCGGCGUCAUUCCAAACACCGCUGAACAAAGUGCGCGGAUUGUUUAGUCAAUAUCGAGAUCAACGGGCAUACAACGAGGUAGACACGCCGAUCGGCAGCAGAAACGGAUGUGGACCGGAAACAGGAAACGAAAAUAGCGACUGAAAAGUGCUGGCCGUCUUUAUACUUACAUUUAUGUACCCUUCAUCGCCCAUUACCCAUUAUUAUGUUAGUCGCAUGAAUGUUAAUUUUUUUUAUACUAUUUGAAAAUCAUGGAAAUAAGUGAAAUAAAACACUCAAAAUUUUUGCUACUAA